CUCCGUUAACCAAACUCCAGGUAUGGCAGCAUGUUGAAUCCAAGGUAGAAGCGUUUUCAAGCAUUCCGACGGAACAGAUUUGAAUUUGUCAACCUCCAGCCCCCAAUGCCAUGCAGGGGCCAAGACAUGAUAUCCACAGCCCUCUCUUAGGUUACAAAGCAACCGCAUCCUACUUAUCUUCGCUGCAUAUUGCCAUACAAUUACAACCCACUUUGAUCUCCGACCGAGGGCCGCAUUACUUGACGCCAAGUAAGCCAGGAUUUACACGUAUGAUGUAUGUACUUACAUGUAGCAGUAAUAAGAGGACUUGCUUCUUCCGCUCACACGCAGAACUAGCAGUUAGCACGGUCGCAAAUUCAGUGCUAUCGCUCGCUCUCCGGCGUGGAGAACGCGGCGCUCGGCGCUCGACACUCGCUGAAUUUUUCUUCGCUCCCUUCCGAGUUGGCUUAGUAUACCGGCGGGCCGCGGUUUGCCCCAUCUCGGUCAAUCUCCUUGCACUGCUUUGUUGGCACCCUGCGGUGUUGAUAGCGGCGCAGUGCCGUAGGAGCAAGGCCGCAGGAGCAAGAUUUCAUAAGAAGGCUGAGACAUUCCUUCAGCUGUUCCACGCGCACUGCAACGUAGUCUAUUGUAUUUUGUAUGCUUGUCUCGUUCCAACCUGGUACGUGCCUGUUUCAUUGUUCUGGCAUUCACAUCUCGCACCUUAUACUAAUCCAAUCCAGCUCAGUCAUACUUGAGUAUUUCGGUCUCCUCCGAGGAACUAGGCCCAUGGCCUAAGCAGCGCGCGCGGCGCCCCGCGCAAUCUUGGUCCCUACCAGCUGCCGCCGAUCUUUGUGAAAAUGGAAACUAUCUUCCAAAAUUCUAAGUGAGAAAGGCAAAUGAUUGUACUCUCCAAGUGGGGAUACAAUUGUGAGAUGCCCUUCACUAUACUACACCACCUCUGUCUCACCAACUGCCCUGCAUAAAGGAUU